UUGGCGCUCUAGCUGAGGAGGAGAAGAAAGCAGCAUGUUAAAAAGCUGCUGCUUCCAAGGUGUGAGGAGAAACUUGAGAAUAGAAGGACAAGAUCCUUGUUUUUGUGGUAGGAGAGAUUGAGUUUCCUCUGGGAAAUUCACUGCUGUAGAUGAACUUGCAUUUAUUCGGGUUUUGGAUUGUGAGCUGCUCUGAAGAACAUGGUUGAAAGAACAGCCUUGGUCUCUGAUCUCGGAAAGCGAAGGGAGUCAGAUGUGUAGAAGACUGGGCUGGACAGUAGAAUAAUGUGAUUCGAAGCGCCUUCCUGUCUUAGAGGCAACAGUGGGAGGGAGAAGAGGUUGCUGUACCCACUCAGUGCUUGUAGCCAUAGACUGCAAGGUCUCUACUACAUGCUCUCCAUCCAACCUGACCACUCUAACUUCUUAUUAAACCUGGCGGAAUUAAACCUGAAAGAUACUGGAUGGAAGAUCUACUCCAACUAGUAGCAUCUUCCACAGGAUCCACUGUUCGCCAUCUUGGGGCUGAAUCUAAUUCUCUGGAAGGAUUUUGCCUAAACCUGUCUCUCAAGUUUGCCGACACAAUCGCUGCCGUUCGUGGGGGUGUGGUGCUUCCUAAAGACCCUGAAGACAGAGCACCUAUGGAUCGGGUGCGAGAGAAAGGCGCCUCCUGCCACGAGAAGGUGAACUUUACAUUUGAGUACGUGAUCAGCAGGACAGAAGCAGCCGGCCCCGCCGGGCUUCAUAGAGCAACUUCAAUACAGAAUGGUUUUCUGUGCUGCCCUUAAAAGAAGAAGGUCAGAUGACACCAGGAAGGGACCGACAGAGCCUCAGGACACUGCUGUUUCUGAGCCCGCUGUAAUGGAGCCAGGUAAACUGCAAUUAGCACACGUCCAGGUUAAGACUGCAUACUUCAAGGACCAUUUGAUGGAUUAUUCCUAGAUCUUUCCAACAGAACAUUCUGAUCUGAUUGCCGCACAGACACAGUUUCUUUGAUGUUGAAGACUCAGCCACGAGGGCCAUGGAUGUGAAAGAAAGGAAGCCUUACCGAUCUUUGACCAGGCGCCGUGAUGCGGAGCGCCGCUACACCAGUUCCUCGGCAGAGAGUGAAGAGAACAAAAUACCCCAGAAGUCCUACAGCUCCAGUGAGACUCUGAAGGCUUAUGAUCAGGACUCUAGGCUGACUUACGGCAACCGGGUUAAAGAAAUGGUGCACCAAGAGGCGGAUGAAUACUGCCGAACAGGAGCCAACUUUUCUUUGCGAGAGCUAGGCCUUGAAGACGUCUCGCCUCCGCACGGGACUUUAUACAGGACAGAUAUAGGGCUGCCCCACUGUGGCUACUCCAUCAGCGCAGGCUCAGAUGCUGACACUGAAGCUGACGCAGUCAUGUCACCAGAGCACCCAGUCAGACUCUGGGGACGGAGCACCAAGUCCGGCCGCAGCUCCUGCUUGUCGAGCCGAGCUAACUCCAACCUCACCCUCACCGAUACGGAACACGAAAACACCGAAACUGGUCCUCCUUUGCAUUGCUCAUCUGCUUCAUCAACCCCUAUUGAACAAUCCCCCUCCCCUCCCCCUUCCCCACCAGCCAAUGAGAGCCAGAGAAGGUUGCUAGGCAAUGGUGUGGCCCAGCCAACCCAGGACUCUGACUCUGAGGAAGAGUUUGUCCCCAAUUCAUUCUUAGUUAAAAGUGGCUCUGGGAAUCUCUCCCUCCCUUCUAAUGAUCAUCCACCGAAUCUACAAAAUCACGCCAGACUCCGAACUCCCCCGCCUCCACUCUCACAUGCCCACACGCCAAACCAACACCACGCAGCCUCCAUCAACUCCCUAAAUCGAGGGAAUUUCACCCCGCGCAGCAAUCCCAGCCCCGCUCCUACAGACCACUCCCUUUCUGGAGAGCAGCCGGCUGGCACGCAAGAAUCCGCACAUGCUCAGGACAACUGGUUACUUAAUAGUAACAUCCCCCUUGAGACAAGAAACAUAGCAAAGCAGACAUUCCUAGAGACAUUGCAGGACAACCUCAUUGAGAUGGAUAUUCUCACCUCCUCCCGACAUGACGGUGCUUACAAUGAUGGGCACUUCCUGUUCAAACCAGGAGGCACCUCUCCCCUCUUUUGCACGACGUCGCCAGGAUACCCCUUGACGUCCAGCACUGUCUACUCGCCUCCCCCUCGGCCCCUUCCCAGAAGUACAUUUUCUAGGCCGGCCUUUAACCUGAAGAAGCCCUAUAAAUACUGUACCUGGAAAUGUGCCGCCCUCAGUGCCAUUAUCAUCUCCGUCACACUGGUGAUACUCCUGGCGUAUUUUAUCGCCAUGCACCUCUUUGGCCUAAACUGGCACCUGCAGCCGAUGGAAGGGCAGAUGUAUGAGAUCACGGAAGACACAGCCAGCAGUUGGCCAGUGCCAACGGACGUCUCCUUAUAUUCCUCAGGGGGCACAGGGUUAGAGUUACCUGACAGGAAAGGCAAAGGAGCCGGCGAAGCAGGAAAGCCCAGUAGUUUCUUUCCAGAAGACAGUUUUAUAGACACUGGAGAGAUUGACGUUGGCAGGCGAGCCACUCAGAAGAUCCCUCCCGGUAUCUUUUGGAGAUCUCAGGUGUUCAUUGAUCACUCAGUGCAUCUGAAAUUCAAUGUUUCGUUGGGGAAGUCUGCUCUGGUCGGGAUCUAUGGAAGAAAAGGCCUCCCUCCUUCACACACACAGUUUGACUUUGUGGAAUUACUUGAUGGAAGGAGGCUACUUAAUCAGGAGGCCAGGAGCCUAGAAGGCCCUCAGAGACAACAUAAGGGCUUUGUGCCAUUGGCCAGUCACGAGACAGGAUUUAUUCAGUAUUUGGAUUCGGGGAUGUGGCACCUUGCCUUCUACAAUGAUGGGAAAGAGUCCGAGGUUGUCUCGUUUCUCACCACUGCGGUCGAAUCAGUGGAUAACUGUCCCAGCAAUUGCUAUGGAAACGGUGACUGUGUUUCGGGAACCUGCCAUUGCUUCCUUGGCUUCCUGGGUCCUGACUGUGGCCGAGCAUCUUGCCCAGUGUUAUGCAGCGGAAACGGGCAGUAUAUGAAAGGCCGGUGCUUGUGCCACAGCGGAUGGAAAGGGGCUGAGUGUGAUGUUCCGACCAACCAGUGCAUUGAUGUCUCUUGCAACAGCCAUGGCACCUGCAUCAUGGGGACCUGCAUCUGCAAUCCAGGGUACAAGGGAGAGAGCUGCGAAGAAGUGGACUGCAUGGACCCCACCUGCUUAGGGCGUGGCGUGUGUGUAAGAGGAGAAUGCCACUGUUCUGUAGGUUGGGGAGGAACCAGCUGUGAGACCCCGAGAGCAACCUGUCUGGACCAGUGUUCCGGCCAUGGCACCUUUCUGCCUGAAACCGGCAUGUGCAAUUGUGACCCCAGCUGGACUGGACAUGACUGCUCGAUUGAGAUUUGUGCUGCGGACUGUGGAGGGCAUGGCAGCUGUGUCGGAGGCACCUGCCGCUGCGAGGAAGGGUGGAUGGGAGCAGCCUGUGAUCAGCGAGCAUGUCACCCACGCUGCAAUGAGCACGGGACGUGCCGGGACGGCAAGUGUGAAUGCAGCCCCGGCUGGAAUGGAGAGCACUGCACCAUUGCUCACUAUCUGGAUAAGGUAGUGAAAGAGGGAUGUCCCGGCUUGUGUAACGGCAAUGGCAGAUGCACGCUGGACAUGAACGGGUGGCACUGUGUCUGUCAACUAGGCUGGAGAGGGGCAGGCUGCGACACUUCCAUGGAGACAGCGUGUGGCGAUGGAAAAGACAACGAUGGAGAUGGGUUGCUGGAUUGCAUGGAUCCAGACUGCUGCCUGCAGCCCCUGUGCCAUACGAAUUCGCUCUGUCUGGGCUCUCCGGAUCCCCUAGACAUCAUACAGGAGACACAGCUUCCAGUGUCCCAACAAAACCUUUACUCCUUCUAUGAUCGGAUCAAGUUCCUCGUUGGCAAGGACAGCACACACAUCAUCCCAGGAGAGAAUCCUUUCAAUGGAGGCCACCCUUGUGUGAUUCGUGGGCAGGUGAUGACAUCAGACGGCACCCCCCUUGUUGGCGUGAACAUCAGCUUUGUCAACAACCCCCUGUUUGGAUACACAAUCAGCCGGCAGGAUGGCAGUUUUGACCUUGUCACCAAUGGUGGGAUCUCCAUCAUCUUGCACUUUGAGCGGGCGCCUUUCAUUACCCAAGAGCAUACCCUCUGGCUGCCGUGGGAUCGCUUUUUCGUCAUGGAAACCAUUGUCAUGAGGCAUGAGGAGAACGACAUCCCAAGCUGUGACCUCAGCAACUUUGCCCGGCCCAAUCCUGUCGUCUCGCCAUCCCCUUUGACAGCAUUUGCCAGCUCCUGCUCAGAAAGAGGGCCCAUCGUCCCAGAAAUCCAGGCCUUGCAAGAAGAGAUCAAAAUUUCAGGCAGUAAAAUCAAGCUGAGCUACCUGAGCAGUCGGACGUCUGGCUACAAAUCGGUCCUGAGGAUCAGCUUGACCCAUCCCACCAUCCCCUUCAACCUCAUGAAAGUCCACCUCAUGGUUGCUGUCGAGGGACGCCUCUUCCGGAAGUGGUUUGCUGCAGCCCCAGAUCUCUCCUAUUACUUCAUAUGGGACAAAACCGAUGUCUACAGCCAGAAGGUGUACGGGUUAUCUGAAGCCUUUGUUUCGGUGGGCUACGAAUACGAAUCGUGUCCUGACUUGAUCCUGUGGGAGAAGAGGACGGCAGUGCUUCAAGGUUACGAAAUUGACUCUUCCAAACUCGGAGGGUGGUCUUUGGACAAGCACCACGCCCUCAACAUCCAGAGCGGUAUCUUGCACAAAGGAAACGGAGAGAACCAGUUCAUCUCUCAGCAGCCCCCUGUCAUAGGGAGCAUCAUGGGGAACGGGCGCCGGCGGAGCAUCUCCUGCCCAAGCUGCAAUGGCCUCGCAGAUGGCAACAAGCUCCUGGCUCCCGUAGCCCUGACCUGUGGCUCAGACGGCAGCCUGUACAUUGGAGACUUCAACUACAUCCGAAGAAUCUUCCCUUCCGGAAACGUCACCAACGUCUUGGAGCUAAGAAAUAAAGAUUUCAGACAUAGCCACAGCCCCGCUCACAAGUAUUACCUGGCAACAGACCCCAUUUCUGGCACCAUCUACCUCUCCGACACCAACAGCCGCCGUGUCUUCAAGAUCAAAUCAACCACCGUGGUGAAGGACAUGGUGAAGAACUCCGAGGUGGUGGCUGGAACAGGAGACCAGUGCCUUCCCUUUGAUGACACCCGCUGUGGAGAUGGAGGGAAAGCAACCGAAGCCACGCUCACAAACCCCAGAGGCAUCACUGUGGACAAAUUUGGGUUUAUUUAUUUUGUGGAUGGCACCAUGAUCCGACGCAUCGACCAGAACGGGGUCAUCUCGACUGUCCUUGGCUCCAAUGACUUGACAUCUGCCAGGCCUCUGAGCUGCGACUCGGUCAUGGAUAUCUCCCAGGUCCGUCUUGAAUGGCCUACGGACCUGGCAGUCAACCCAAUGGACAAUUCCCUGUACGUCCUAGACAAUAACGUUGUAUUACAGAUCUCUGAAAACCACCAAGUUCGCAUUGUGGCAGGAAGGCCCAUGCACUGCCAGGUGCCCGGGAUCGACCACUUCCUUCUGAGUAAGGUGGCCAUUCAUGCUACCUUGGAAUCUGCCACAGCCCUGGCGGUCUCUCACAAUGGCGUUCUGUACAUCACGGAGACCGACGAGAAGAAGAUCAACCGCAUCCGGCAAGUCACCACCAAUGGAGAAAUCUCGCUGGUGGCUGGCGCUCCAAGCGGCUGCGAUUGCAAGAACGAUGCCAAUUGUGAUUGCUUUUCCGGGGAUGAUGGCUAUGCAAAGGAUGCCAAGCUCAAUGCUCCGUCAUCCCUGGCGGUGUGCGCAGAUGGGGAGUUAUAUGUGGCAGACCUUGGGAAUAUCCGGAUCCGCUUCAUCCGGAAAAACAAGCCAUUCCUCAACACACAGAACCUAUACGAAUUGUCCUCACCCAUUGAUCAGGAACUCUACUUGUUCGACACCAGCGGCAAGCACCUUUUCACUCAAAGCCUUCCCACGGGAGACUACCUUUUCAACUUUACCUACACAGGAGAUGGCGACAUCACCCUGAUUACAGACAACAAUGGAAACUUAGUCAACAUCCGGAGGGAUACUACAGGGAUGCCACUUUGGCUGGUUGUGCCAGAUGGCCAAGUCUACUGGCUCACCAUUGGCACCAACAGUGCCCUCAAGAGUGUGACGGCCCAGGGGCAUGAAGUGGCCAUGAUGACCUAUCAUGGCAAUUCUGGUCUCCUGGCUACCAAGAGCAAUGAAAAUGGGUGGACUACAUUUUAUGAGUACGACAGCUUUGGCCGUCUCACCAACAUCACGUUCCCUACCGGCCAGGUCAGCAGUUUCCGGAGCGACACAGACAGUUCUGUCCAUGUCCAGGUUGAAACGUCCAGCAAGGAUGAUGUAACCAUAACAACCAACCUGUCAGCAUCAGGUGCCUUUUAUACCCUGCUGCAAGAUCAAGUGAGAAACAGCUAUUAUAUCGGUGCGGACGGCUCUCUCCGGCUCAUGCUGGCCAACGGCAUGGAGGUGGCCCUGCAGACCGAGCCUCACCUGCUGGCCGGCACCGUCAACCCCACUGUGGGCAAGAGGAACGUCACCCUCCCCAUCGAUAACGGUCUCAACCUGGUUGAGUGGCGGCAGCGCAAAGAGCAGGCCAGGGGCCAGAUCACGGUCUUUGGGCGCAGACUGAGGGUUCAUAACAGAAACCUGCUGUCCCUUGACUUUGACCGUGUGACAAGAACAGAGAAGAUCUAUGACGACCAUCGCAAAUUCACCCUGCGGAUCCUGUACGACCAGGCUGGGCGGCCCAGCCUCUGGUCCCCUAGCAGCAGGCUGAAUGGAGUAAACGUAACCUAUUCCUCAGGAGGGCAUAUUGCUGGGAUUCAAAGAGGAACCAUGUCAGAAAGGAUGGAAUAUGACCAGUCUGGCAGGAUCACUUCCAGAAUCUUUGCAGAUGGCAAAUCUUGGAGCUACACUUACUUAGAGAAGUCCAUGGUGCUGCUUCUUCACAGCCAGCGGCAGUACAUUUUUGAGUUUGAUAAGAAUGAUCGCUUAUCAUCAGUGACCAUGCCCAAUGUAGCCCGGCAGACCUUGGAAACCAUCCGCUCCAUCGGCUACUACAGGAACAUCUACAGGCCCCCCGAGGGCAAUGCCUCAGUCGUCCAAGAUUUCAACGAGGAGCAGCAGCUGCUUCACACCUAUCACUUGGGAACAGGGAGGCGUGUCGUCUACAAGUACGGCAAGCUGUCCAAGCUGGCAGAAAUGCUUUACGACACCACCAAAAUCAGCUUCACCUAUGACGAAACGGCUGGCAUGCUGAAGACCAUAAACCUGCAAAAUGAAGGGUUCACCUGCACCAUCAGAUAUCGGCAGAUUGGGCCACUGAUUGACCGGCAGAUCUUCCGUUUCACUGAAGAAGGCAUGGUGAAUGCCCGCUUUGAUUAUAAUUAUGACAACAGCUUCCGGGUGACCAGCAUGCAGGCAGUGAUCAAUGAGACGCCAUUACCCAUUGACCUCUACCGAUACGACGAUGUGUCUGGCAAAACAGAGCAGUUCGGCAAAUUCGGAGUCAUAUAUUACGAUAUCAAUCAGAUCAUCACCACAGCUGUCAUGACCCACACGAAGCAUUUCGAUGCCUAUGGUAGGAUGAAAGAAGUGCAGUAUGAGAUAUUCCGGUCCCUCAUGUACUGGAUGACUGUCCAGUAUGACAACAUGGGGAGAGUGGUGAAGAAGGAGCUGAAGGUUGGCCCGUAUGCAAACACCACAAGAUAUUCCUAUGAAUAUGACGCUGACGGGCAGUUGCAGACGGUGUCAAUCAAUGAGAAGCCACUCUGGCGGUAUAGUUAUGACCUCAAUGGGAAUCUCCAUUUGCUGAGUCCUGGCAACAGUGCCCGCCUCACGCCACUGAGGUAUGAUCUCAGGGACAGGAUUACAAGACUGGGCGAUGUACAGUACAAGAUGGAUGAAGACGGCUUCCUGAGGCAAAGGGGGAAUGACAUCUUUGAGUACAACUCAGCGGGACUGCUCAUCAAGGCAUACAACAAAGCCAGUGGCUGGAGCGUGAAGUAUCGUUACGAUGGACUAGGAAGGAGGGUCUCCAGCAAGACGGCCCAUGGCCAUCACUUGCAGUUCUUUUACGCAGAUCUCACCAACCCCACCAAGGUCACCCACCUGUACAAUCAUUCCAGUUCUGAGAUCACUUCCCUCUAUUACGACCUCCAAGGCCAUCUCUUUGCCAUGGAACUUAGCAGUGGUGAUGAGUUUUAUAUUGCUUGCGACAACAUUGGUACUCCGUUGGCUGUCUUCAGUGGGACAGGCUUAAUGAUCAAGCAGAUCCUGUACACAGCUUAUGGGGAGAUCUACCUGGACACCAACCCAAACUUCCAAAUCAUCAUUGGUUACCAUGGUGGCCUGUAUGACCCCCUCACCAAACUCAUUCAUAUGGGGAAGAGAGACUAUGACGUGCUUGCUGGCCGGUGGACGAGCCCAGACCACGACAUUUGGAAACGUCUAAGCAGCAGCAACAUCAUGCCUUUCAAUCUUUACAUGUUCAAGAAUAACAAUCCUAUUAGUAAUGCUCAGGAUAUCAAGUGCUACAUGACAGACGUCAACAGCUGGCUGCUUACUUUUGGGUUUCAACUGCACAAUGUCAUCCCUGGAUAUCCUAAGCCGGAUAUGGAUGCUGUGGAGCCUUCCUAUGAACUCAUCCAUACCCAGCUGAAAACUCAAGAAUGGGACAAUAGCAAGUCGAUCUUGGGAGUGCAAUGUGAAGUGAAGAAACAACUGAAGGCUUUUGUCACCCUGGAGCGCUUUGAACAGAUCUACAGCUCAAGCAUCGCUGGGUGCCGCGAGGACAAGGAGAACAAUAACUUUGCUUCGGGAGGCUCUGUCAUCGGCAAGGGAGUCAAAUUUGCCAUGAAGGAUGGGCGGGUGUCUACAGACAUCAUCAGCACGGCUAACGAGGAUGGGCGGAGGGUCGCAGCCAUACUCAGCAACGCUCACUACCUGGAAAAUUUGCACUUCACCAUUGAGGGUGUGGACACACACUACUUUGUCAAGCAAGGGCCAUCAGACAGCGACUUGUCCAUCCUGGGCCUCAGCGGUGGGCGAAGAACCUUGGAGAACGGCGUCAACGUCACCGUCUCCCAAAUCAACGCGCUGCUCAAUGGGAGGACUAGACGUUACACAGACAUCCAGCUCCAGUACGGAGCCCUGUGUCUGAACACCCGCUAUGGGACCACCCUGGAUGAGGAGAAGACCCGCGUGCUGGAGCUGGCCAGGCAACGUGCCGUGGCUGAAGCUUGGGCGCGGGAGCAGCAGAGACUGCGGGAUGGGGAGGAGGGUACCCGCUCCUGGACAGAAGGGGAGAAGCAGCAGUUGCUGAACACGGGGCGGGUUCAGGGCUACGACGGCUACUUCGUGAUCUCAGUGGAGCAGUACCCCGAACUCUCAGACAGCGCUAACAACAUCCAUUUUAUGAGACAGAGCGAGAUGGGCAGAAGGUGACAGAGAGGGUCGAUGCGUUGACUUCUUGCCAAAGACAGCUGCUCUUUUGUGGCCGCGUACCAGACUGUGUUGUACUCAAUCCUUUUUUUAAAAACAAAAAACAAAAAUGAUACUGAACCAGUUGGGGUGGAGUGAUAAUACAGUUGCACUGUAAGUCAUGCAACAUCCUUUUAUUUUCUUUAAAAAAAAAAAAGUUGGCCUUCUCACCUGUUACUCAUAUCAUUUCCCCCACUCCCAAGAACCAGAAGUUGCAUUUCACAGUAGCGAGAGAACAGUGAAAUCCUGCGCCCUUCUUGUCCUCCUUCUUCCUUGGGCAACAGUUUCAAAAGUGGGGAUGCAUAGGUUGCUUAAUGUGGUGAGGAAAUGGUCUCUGUAUUAGGUUCAUAGUAACCCUUCAUACUUGGGUUGGAAAAGGAAGGCUUUCCAAAAAGGAGUCAGGGGGAAAAGGAGAGCUUAUGACACCCUGAGGUGCACACAGCAAAAAGAAAAGCCUGGAGACUGUUCUAAAUCUUCUGAACAUGAUCCUUCUAAACAAUUGUGAGCCUCCAAAGGAGAACUUGCAGGUCAUUUUCACAUUUCACACCCAUUCUGGGCAAUCCUGCAGCUCAGAAUUGGCUGAAACCAGGAAAAAUAGCUGCGUCUUAUAGACUUGCGAGAUGAGUCUUACCCUUCCUGAGAUGGAAUAAUCUUUUUUAAUUUUUUUUAUGAGUCUUUUUUACUACGAUAGGCUAUUUUGUUCACCCGUUCCUUUGUUUUCGUGUGAGCGCAACUGAGUAUGUAUUGCUGCCACUCUUCUUUUUACUUCAAAAUCGCAUUACAACUAUGAGGGCGGGGGGAAAGAUUCACACACUCUACUAGAAUAACUUUCUUGCACAUGCUGUCGGAUGGAAAGCACCGAUGAUGUAUAUUUGUCAAUGGCCUACCCUCCUUAAAUAUAUAGUAUUUCUGUACACCA